AGCGACACCACUGCGGCGUAAAGGAGCGAGAAGGAAAGAAAAACGAGAGCCGACAAAAGUCUUUGGACUAUGUACAGAUUUACAUUUGCAGUUUUCCUCCUGGCUCUGGGUUGUCUUGUCUGCGAAGGGGGUAACCAGUGUUGUUCAGAGCCAUGUCACAACAGGGGUGUUUGCACAGCGCUUGGAACUGAUAAUUACGAGUGUGAUUGCACUCGCACAGGAUAUCAUGGACAAAACUGCACAACACCUGAAUUUCUCACCUGGGUCAAAAUAUCCCUGAAGCCAUCACCCAACACUAUCCACUACCUUCUCACCCACUUCAAGGGCUUCUGGAACAUUAUCAACAACAUCUCCUUCCUCAGGGAUGGCAUCAUGAGAUAUGUGCUGACAUCUCGAUCCCACUUGAUUGAUAGUCCUCCGACCUUCAAUGCAGAUUAUGGUUACAAAAGCUGGGAAGCAUAUUCCAACCUCUCCUACUAUACGCGGACCCUCCCCCCUGUGCCAGAGGAUUGCCCAACCCCUAUGGGAGUAGUAGGUAAAAAGGAGCUGCCUGAUGCUAAGCUAUUGGCUGAGAAACUUCUAAUGAGAAGACAGUUCAUUCCGGAUCCACAGGGCACCAGUCUGAUGUUUGCAUUCUUCGCACAGCAUUUCACCCAUCAGUUCUUCAAAUCUGAUAUGAAGAAAGGACCUGCUUUUACUGUAGCUAAAGGCCACGGGGUGGACCUCAACCACAUUUAUGGAGACGGCCUCGAGAGGCAACACAAGCUCAGACUCUUAAAGGAUGGCAAGCUUAAAUAUCAGAUCCUGGAUGGAGAGGUGUACCCCCCUACAGUAAAGGAAGUAGGCGCUGAGAUGCACUACCCUCCCCACGUUCCUCACUCUCACCGCUUCGCUGUGGGCCACGAGGCGUUCGGCCUAGUCCCUGGUCUGAUGAUGUACGCCACCAUCUGGCUACGAGAACACAACAGAGUGUGUGAUGUGUUGAAGGAGGUCCACCCGGACUGGGACGACGAAAGGCUCUUCCAGACCACACGGCUAAUUCUGAUUGGAGAGACCAUCAAGAUUGUGAUCGAGGACUACGUGCAGCACCUGAGCGGCUAUAACUUCAAGCUCAAGUUUGAUCCCGAGCUGUUGAUCAACCAGCGCUUCCAGUACCAGAAUCGCAUUGCAUCCGAGUUCAACACCUUGUACCACUGGCACCCUCUGAUGCCUGAGAGUUUCCACAUUGAGGAGAAAGAUUACAGCUAUAAACAGUUUGUCUUCAACACCUCCGUAGUCACCGAGCACGGCAUCAGCAGCCUUGUGGAGUCGUUUACCAAUCAGAUUGCUGGACGGGUUGCUGGCGGCCGAAAUGUGCCAGGACCUCUCAUGUACGUGGCCAUUAAGUCCAUUGAAAACAGCAGACAAAUGCGCUACCAGUCUCUGAACGCCUACAGGAAACGCUUCUCCUUGAAGCCCUACAGCUCUUUUGAAGACCUUACAGGAGAGAAAGAAAUGGCCGCAGUGCUUGAGGAGUUCUACGGACACGUCGACGCUGUGGAGCUCUACCCGGGUCUGUUGGUGGAGAAGCCCAGGUCGAACGCAAUCUUUGGGGAGACCAUGGUGGAGAUGGGGGCCCCUUACUCUCUCAAGGGCUUAAUGGGGAACCCCAUCUGCUCCCCGGAGUACUGGAAGCCGAGCACAUUCGGAGGCAGCGUGGGCUUCAACAUCGUCAACACCGCCUCCCUGCAGAGGCUCGUGUGCAAUAACGUCCAGGGCCCCUGUCCCGUGGCAUCCUUUUAUGUACCCGACGUCAAAGACACAGGGUCCAUGAUCAUCAACUCAAGCACAUCCCACUCACGCGACAGUGAUAUCAACCCCACAGUCAUUUUGAAAGACAGGACUACUGAGCUCUAAUUUAUUUUUAUUUUUUAAGCAUAUUUUUUUAUUUAUUUAUUUAUUUUUGUAUUUAUUGUAUUCUAUUUAUAACACAACAUUUUUUUUAAUAUGUAAUUUUGUCUGCUUUUCAAGAACUAAAGUCUGUGGUUGUGUUUAUUUAUUGAAAGAUUCAUUGUAUUAUAAAUUAUUGUUACAGUAAUGACCUCAGAAACUUGAUACUUGAAGGUUAGUUUACAAUUUUAACUACAUAGUCGUUUACAUUAAAUUUCUAAUGUUCCCUUAGAUCAACUGCUACUGAAAUUAUACGGAUGUCCCAGUGUUUUACAAAGGCAUAGCAGUGAUGUUCCCAGUGAAAUUUGUGAUUGAUCUUGACUCAUUUGAUCCAAUGUUCCUACUUCAGUAUUGUUUUACCGAUAGUUUUUAUUUUUUUUAAAUUUUUAUUUUUAUUUUUUUUACUCCAGUCUGCGUAUUGGCUUUAGGUAAUUGGAAAUGGCAUUAAUAACUUAGCUGUACUGUUGUUCAGAAUUACAAUGUCAUUGAUCAGUUAUAUGGCCUUAAAAUAUCCAUGUACUUUAUAUGACCGUUUUGUUCUCAACGCCUAUUGACUUGCAAAGUUGACACUAAUAAAUGCUCCCAGGAAAGGGAGCCCAUUUCUCAGAAAUCGGCAUUGUUGUAUUUUUCAGUUUGACUCUGGUUGGGCUUUUACAUAAACUCUCUGAUGUUGCAAGAGCAAACAAGUUUCUCCUAUUAAGGAAACAAUGUAAUCAAAGUACUGGAUAAGUGUUAUGCACAUAACAAGUCAGAACUAAUGCAAUUUAUUUCUCUUAGAUUGGGGGUAUGGCAAUGUCAAACAAAUCCAAAAUGAAUUAAAGAAAAUUAUAAAAACAGACUUGUAGUACAUUCAUUUUACUAAAUGUUCCACAUAUUUAAAUGUUGUGAUUAAAGACAGAUACCUAAAUGAGAUGUAUCACAUUUGUGUUCUGAAUUUAUAUUUUAACAGAUUUGGAGGGCAAGAAAAUAUUUUUUUAUGCAUUUAUUUAUAAUACAUAAACGGAACAGCAAGAGG